AUGGCAGAAUUAAGAGAAAUGAUGACUACACGAAGAAAUGGUGGAAAGAGAAAAUUAGAAGAAGCAGUAGAAGAAGCUGGAAAAACUCCUUUUACAAGACAAAUCCAAAGGGUAGAAAUACCUUCCAAGUGCAUCUUACCAGUGUUUACUAGUAUAUUUGAUGGAAGUGCUUGUGCAAUACAACAUGUGAAAGCCUACACUCGAUCUCUAUUGCAAUGGGAAAAUAAUGAUGCAGUCAUGUGUAAAUAUUUUGCUGCGAGCUUGGCGGGAGAAGAUUUGAAAUGGUUUGAAGGGCUAGCAGUAGAAUCCAUUGGGUCAUUUCACCAUUUACAGAACGUCUUUUUAGGACAAUACAUCAGCAAUAAUAUGUCAAGACCAGGGAUUGAGACAACAUUCAGACUUCGCAGAAGAACAAAUGAGACUUUGCGUCAUCUAACAACACGCUGGAGAACCAUGUUUUGCGAAAUGGGAAGACGAGUAGAUGAGCGACACCUUAUUCUUGCAUUUAUCAAUGCUCUCUUUCCUACAGAUUUAUUGUAUACACAAAUAUUUCGGAUAAAGGAUACGAUAACAAUGUCAGAAUUGCGCGAAUUUCAAGAAGAGUACAUAGCACUUGAAGAGAAACAAAGAGAUAUGGAUUCGUACCCAGUUGCAAUACCAGAUGCGAAGGGUAGAAAUGCAAGUUUACUUCCAAGAUUGACAAACACUGUUGCGAGUACAUCACAAGGGAAUCAAGGAAGGAAUGUUGCAAAAAUGGAACAAAAACUGGUAGCCAAGGGUAGUGCAGAUCAAGCAGAGUUUGAAAACCAACAUCAAAAUCGCGGAGUGGAUAAGAUAUGGGAAGCUUCCAUCCUAAUGAAAGAUAUUCCAGAACCACAUAAUGCAGGAGACGAACCACCACCAGCACAACCAAAGAAAUUGCCACCACCACCACCAAGGGGAAAUGAGUAUGAAGCGGAUAAUGGAAAGAAUGUACAUAUAAUUGAAGUAGGUGCGAAAUUGAAGAACUUGUAUUGUAAUUCGAUUAUACAUUCAUUCAAGAAUAUAGAAGAUUUCCAUGAUAAUAUCUUAAAUAGGGUGUAUGCGAGAGAUGUUGAAGGCAAAGAGAUCCUAAAUCUUGUGAAAGUAUCACCAUUAAAAGAGUGGAAAAAACAAGUUAUCACAUUCAGCGCGGAAGAAACACCAGGCGGAGGAGAAUCACAUGAAUGUCCAUUGGUGGUAAGAUUAGGAAUUAAUCCAAAUCCGAAAGUAGAGGAUGAUGAAGAGGAUGAAGCAAACACAUGGGUUAUGAAUAGAAUAAUAAUAGAUACUGGGAGUUCUGUUGAUAUCCUUUUCUAUCACACAUACAAAACUAUGGGAGGAAGAGAUGAUGAGUUAAUUCCUUCAACAUACAAAAUUUAUGGAUUUAAUGGAGCUGCAAACAAGCCAAAAUGA